AUGGAAGCAGCCACGGCUCUGGAGGCGGCCUCGGGAUCCACACUGAAGGUGAAAGAAAUGAGCCCAGCCGAUGCUGAAGGACCCCCCGCUUUAUCUCAACAAGAGUCCGGCAGCCCCAUUCCCCAGCUCCUGUCCCUUAUAGAUGAGCACCCCAAGAUCUGGCUACCUUGGACCUUGAGGCAGACCUAUAUCCAGAAGGUCGGAGACACUGUGAACCUACUAAUCCCAUUCCAGCGUUUUCCCAUUUCUUUGGGCAAACCCAAACCUCGAGCCACCUGGACACAUGAUGGCUGUGUCUUGGAUGCCAGCCGUGUGAGUGUGCGGAAUGGGGAGCAGGACUCCAUCCUCUUCAACCGAGAAGCCCAACGUGCUGACUCGGGUCGCUACCAGCUCAGUGUGCAACUGGGAGAGCUGGAGACCACUGCCACCAUUGACAUCCUGGUGAUCGAGAGGCCAGGCCCUCCUCAGAGUAUCAAGUUGGUGGAUGUUUGGGGCUCCAGUGCUACUCUGGAGUGGACACCUCUCCAAGACACGGGCAACACAGCACUCCUGGGAUACACGCAGAAGGCUGACACAAAAUCUGGGCUGUGGUUCCCAGUGCUGGAGCGUUAUCACCGCACCAGCUUCACGGUCUCCAAGCUCAUCAUGGGCAACUCCUAUGCCUUUCGAGUCUUUGCUGAGAACCAGUGUGGGCUCAGUGAGACCGCCCCCAUCACUGCUGACCUUGCGCACAUCCAGAAGGCAGAGACUGCUUGCAAGACCGAGGGGUUUGCGCAGUGAGAUUUCUCUGAAGCCCCAAAGUUCACCCAGCCUUUGGCAGACCGCACGACGGUCAGAGGCUAUGACACCCAGCUCUUCUGCUGUGUCCGCGCCUCUCCCAAGCCAAAGAUCAUCUGGCUGAAGAACAAGAUGGAUAUCCAAGGCAACCCCAAGUACAGAGCUCUCAGUCACCUGGGAAUCUGCUCUUUAGAAAUCCGCAAGCCUGGUCCCUUUGACGGGGGCAUCUACACCAGCAAGGCGGUUAACCCCCUGGGGGAGGCGUCUGUGGACUGCCGGGUGGAUGUGAAAGUCUUUGACUCAGUCCAGGAAAGCUGCAGCUAG